AUGGCGGGACCCUGCAGCCUGGCCGCCGGCCUCCUGCUCCUGGCCCUGUGCGCCCUCCACACGGUUCCCGCAGGUUCCGUGCGCGUUCCCCCUUCCUGUUGCUUGACCUUCAUUUCCAAGAAGAUCCCGCAGAACCGAGUGGUGGGUUACCAGCUGGCCAGCCGGAGCGUGUGCCCCAAGGAAGGCGUGAUAUUCACCACCAGGAAGGGCCAGAAGUUCUGUGCUGACCCCAAGCUUCCGUGGGUACAGAAGUACAUGAAGAACCUGGACGCCAGGCAGAAAAAGGCAGCCGCGAGAACCAGGCCCGUGGGCACCAGAGUGCCCGCUCGCAGACGCCCUGCCGGCAGGGCUGUCCCGGCCGCCUGGGCGCAGUCCUGA